CACCACCAUCCACUACCCACCACCCACCAAACACAUCCCCUUCGCUUACAGAGUAUGCAUUGACAUGGACCCGUUGUCGAGCUAUCCAUGAUCAAGACAUGAUCGCCAACCACAGUCUCCUGGAGUCCUGGCGAAGCUAUGGCCUUCGAACAUGGGCCUCUUGGUGCAACUCCACCUUGAUGCCUUUGUCAAACCUAGGUACUCGUACUAUCGUACUGUCGAGUAUUGUAUGCGUAUGUGAGUGCAAACCUACGGAGUAAUUGUUUUGCCAAUGCAACAAAAUUAUCAUCCUCGGAAUGGGCCGGCUCAAAUGACCCUGCGUCAUGUCAUGGACUGAGUCGACCCAUUCUACACGCAUUUCGCGCCGAGUGAAUUUUGGUCAUGACGAUAGAUGGCAUUUGAAGUUCCAUUCUCAUACCCGAGCUCGGAGGACUGGACCGAGUCGUUGGUAGUCAUCAGAGACACCAGUCCUCGCUGAAGAAUGUUGUAAGUAUUGCGUUCAGUCAAAACUCGAAGCCAUGGCAACGGCGACGACGACGACAGUCGAUGAACAGGUCCCUGCCAGUCUUGCAAGGCUUAGGGGCAUUCUCCAGCAGAUCCAUGGACCAGGACGUCCCACUGUUCCCAAAGAUGUACCUCAACUGUCCAUUCUCCAGGGCCCAACGACGCCGUCUCUACUACACCUCACCUUAGGAGAGCUCCUGACGUUUCAGAGUCUUCAGCACCACCACAAAGAAUGUCUGGUCUGUCCAUGGACAGGCGCAAGAUGGACAUAUGGCUUUCUCGAGCAGGAGAGCCACCGACUCGCCCUCGGUCUGCUUGCACUUGAUGUCUCGAAAGGGGACCGGAUAGGAGUGAUGGCAGGCAAUUGUGAACAGUAUGUCGCCUUGUUCUUCGCUGCCGCGAGGGUUGGCGCUAUCCUGGUGGUCAUAAACAAUACAUACACAACUUCGGAAGUACUCUAUGCCGUCCAACACACAAGUUGUAAAUUGGUCUUCGCCGCACCAACCAUUGGUCGCCGCAGCUUGUUCGACACUUUGGAUGCCCUCGGACGAUAUCCGGAGAAGCACGGCCGCCUCCCUGACUUGGAACAUGUCAUUCUCCUGAGGGAGGAGUACAACGACUUUAUGACUUAUGAGGAUGUGAUUGCUGAAGGCCAGUCGCAGCCUCUUCGAACACUCCGAAAUCGUGAGGACCAACUAAAAAAAGAGGAUAUAUGCAAUCUGCAAUUCACCAGUGGCUCAACCGGAAACCCAAAGGCUGCUGCAUUAACACAUCACAAUAUCAUUAAUAAUGCACGCUUCAUUGGCGACCGAAUGGAUCUAACAUCGGCUGAUAUCUUAUGCUGCCCCCCUCCACUGUUUCACUGCUUUGGGCUGGUCCUGGGGCUGCUCGCAGUCUUCACACAUGGUGGCAAAGUGGUUUACCCAAGUGAUGUCUUCGAUCCAGCUGCAGUUCUUGCCGCCAUCUCAGAUGAGAGGUGUACAGCUGUUCAUGGCGUGCCGACCAUGUUCGAGGCUAUGCUCAACUUGCCACGACCAGCCAAUUUUGACUGUUCGUCGCUUCGUACUGGUAUCAUCGCGGGGGCUCCCGUGCCACGACCGCUCAUGAGAAGACUUCUCUCCGAACUCAAUAUGACUGAAUUCACGAGUAGCUAUGGCUUGACCGAAGCCUCGCCCACGUGUUUCAAUGCCUUCACAACCGAUACCAUUGAUCGACGUCUAACUACCGUUGGCAAAAUCUUACCUCAUGCUCGGGCCAAGAUCAUCAAUCCACGUGAUGGGACUAUUGUUCCAGUGGGCCAACGCGGUGAACUUUGCAUGUCGGGUUAUCAAAUUUUCAGUGGCUACUGGAACAACCCGGCCAAGACUGAGGCGACGAUUCUGCGGGACCCUGAUGGGACAGUGUGGCUCCGGACCGGUGACGAAGCAUCCUUUGACGCCGAUGGCUAUUGCUCUAUCACCGGGCGGUUCAAGGACAUCAUUAUUCGGGGUGGCGAGAACAUUUAUCCCUUGGAAAUCGAAGAGCGAUUGAUGGCGCACCCAUCGAUCUUACAGGCCUCGGUAGUCGGGUUGCCCGAUCACCACUAUGGCGAGGUAGUCGCCGCGUUUCUUGUCCUCGAGCCCGGCGCGACUCGGCCGCCAAACGAGGAAAUCUGGCAAUGGAUCUGGCAACGACUCGGUAGACACAAGGCCCCAAAGCACGUCUUUGUUCUGGGAGCGGAUCCAAAUUUGCCAGACCACUUGCCACAAACGGGCAGUGGCAAGGUCCAGAAACAGAUUCUGCGAGAACUGGGCAAGACACUGGUCGAACAGAAAAAAUGAGUGUAAUUGACAUGCUAAUGUUUAACGGCCGCGCCUUUUAACUGGCCAUUGUGUCUAUGAGACGCUUUUUACACACGAAUAUUACGAGAGACAAUCUGGCCAAUCGAUACCCAGCACCCUAGACAACAGUCUGUGAACAUGUCAAAGUGUCAUUAGAGGAUAGAUAGAUACUGUUCAAUUAUUAUAUUUUGUAUCCUUUGUA